CUCUCCCUGCGUGUGAAAAUUCCAAUUAUUGCGCGCCUUCGUACAUCAGAGCCGGGUCGGCUGCCGGAGGCCGUGGAACCAUCUUCCGAUCCUCCAGCGCUGGCCCUUAUGACUGACAGCUCGGAGGACGAGGAGGAGAACGAAGAGGAACAGCUGUGCGGCUCGGGAGACGCCCGGAAAAUCGUGCACUACAGAAACGACGCUUACGCCCCGUCGGGAAAGACUCGUGCCCGUUUUAUGAGGAUGGCUUUCUUGAAAAACAAGAGCGUGUGGUUCGUGUGCGAUCCGUGCGGGAUCGUGUGCGCCGUCAUGACCUAUCUACUGGUCCUGUACGGCCAGUUCGUGAUGCUCACCGUCAUAGCCCCGCCCUUCCCGGGAACCUGGACUGUUCUGAGGGUUCUCGGAUUUUCAGCCCUCGGGGGCCUUGCCGUGGUGGCUCACGUGAGAUCAAUGCUUACAGAUCCAGGAGUGGUUGCAAGAGAAAGGACGUCGGAGGAGGAGGUGCUGGAGAGGAGGCAGAAGGGAGAGGACAUCCGCUACUGCAAGAGAUGUCGCAGUAUAAAACCAGACAGGGCACACCACUGCAGUACCUGCGAAAACUGCAUUCACAGAAUGGAUCAUCACUGUCCGUGGGUUAACAACUGUGUGGGCGAGAACAACCAAAAGUACUUUGUUCUUUUCACGUUCUACAUCAUGGUCAUGUCAGUCUACGGCCUCCUCACUGUCGCCUGGUUCUUCUACACCUGUGCCACUCAAAACUUUGAAGGUUGUGAUGCUCUGAUGCCGGGCCCUCUGGUGUUUGUCCUCACACUAAUGGGAGUCUUUCUCGGAUUUCUCUUCUCUCUCUUCACUUGCAUCAUGUUCUGCACCCAGAUUCACGCCAUAUGCACUGACGAGACGGGUAUAGAGUCACUGAAAAAGGAGAAUAGACACAGACAAAAAUGGUAUGACAGUAUGUCAGAGGUGUUUGGCGGUCCUCCUGGUCUCCGGUGGCUGUCUCCGUUCAAGUCUCCAAACCACACAACUCUCCACCGCCGCAUGCUCGUCAACGUCUAGCUGCCGCCAUCUUCAAACUCUCUCUCUCUCCUUUAUCUCUCACACUCUUUCACUGUCUCGAUACGUGUCCACACACAUAGACUGUAUAUAUGUCCGGACUAUUUGUCUUCUAAAUAUUUUCCAACCAUCACACAUCAUUUUUAACAGAGUUUUGGGGGCACUUAAACAUUUAUCACAAGAGAGAGUUUUUCUUGUGUUUGAUCACUAAAACCAUUGUUGACCUUCAUCAUGGAUGCAAUUGAAUUGAGUGACCAAAAAUGGUGAAAUGAAGGACGGAAUGGUAGAAGAGAGUAUCAUUGGGAGUAAGGAAGAGGAGGGGGUGAUUUUUGCUAUAGGUUUCUUGACUCGUAGACACUGACGCUGUCUCCACUCUCACUGUCCUCACGAGAGAACUUGUGGUUACUGCGGGAGACUGGCAGCAGCUGUACCGCUGCUUCUCCUCUGGACAUUACCUUCUUCUUCUUCUCUUCUUCUGUUCAGCUCUGAGUAUCUUGAAGAAGACGUGGAGAGUUAUGCCACCCACACACACCACCAUUCCCAGAAUGUUGACAGGAGAUAAGGUGUCUUCCUCCCAGUACACCGUGGAGACGGUCAGGAUUAUCACCUCCUUUAGUACCCCGGCAACGGAGAGGGUAAGUCCGGAGGUGUGGUAGACCAGGAGAUAUCCGAGGUCCCGAGACCAAAUGCCACGACGGAGGCCGUGAGGA